GCUCCAGAGGACCAGUGCAUCGCGCUGUAAGGUAUUCUCGUCGUUAGAGAAGCGACGUCAGGUCUGCGUGGAAGAGAGGGAAGGGAGAGGGGGGAACGAGUCAAAUAAUUCACUCAUCCCGGUGUUUUAACAAUUCAAGGGAUUGAGCAAAUUCUUUUUUGUGUUUCCAAGAAAACAUCACACACCAAGUGCGAUCUCUCUAGCUCAAAGCGCACUGCACACGCGCAGAGUAGGCAACAGUCAGUUCACGAGAGUUGAAUCACACCAAGUCAGGGUUAACACGGGCGCUCACGCGUGUCCGGGAGUUUACUCGAGAACCGUUAUGCCGGAGAAAGAUAAGCAAGUCUAUUAAGAUGAGAUGCUGGACGACUUUCCCUAACUACGUCCCAAUGGAACGUAACUUCCUGCUAUUUCCUUGGUGAAGACAGAAAAGUGAAAUAAAUGGAUUCAAGCUCAUAAUAUUUCAUGAGAGAUGCUCCAGGAGAAGGCCUCAGCUGUGACGGAUGACAGUGUGACUGGGGUCCAGCCUGGAGGGCCCCCAGACCUAAGCCCUGACUCCGCUCACCUGGGCCUGCCUACAACUCCCAGCAUCCCCCAGGGCAAUGAGCCAGACCAGAAUAUUGAGAACAUCAAGGUUGUUCUUCAUGAGAGGGAGCUGUGGAAGAAGUUCCAUGAGGCGGGAACAGAGAUGAUCAUAACGAAAGCAGGCAGGAGGAUGUUCCCCAGCUACAAGGUGAAAGUGACAGGUAUGAACCCCAAAACCAAGUACAUCCUCCUCACAGACAUCGUCCCUGCCGACGACCAUCGCUACAAGUUCUGCGACAACAAGUGGAUGGUGGCAGGCAAGGCAGAGCCGGCCAUGCCAGGGAGGCUCUAUGUCCAUCCAGACUCCCCUGCUACAGGAGCCCACUGGAUGAGGCAGAUGGUGUCCUUCCAGAAGCUAAAGCUCACCAACAACCACCUGGACCCCUUUGGGCAUAUCAUCCUGAACUCGAUGCACAAGUACCAGCCUCGGCUCCACAUCGUCAAGGCCGACGAGAACAACGCCUUUGGGUCUAAGAACACAGCCUACUGCACUCACGUGUUUCAUGAGACAGCCUUCAUCUCCGUCACCUCCUACCAGAACCAUAAGAUAACUCAGCUAAAGAUCGAGAACAAUCCGUUUGCCAAGGGUUUCCGUGGCAGCGAUGAAGGGGACCUGCGUGUCUCCAGACUCCAGGGAAAAGACUACCCAGUGAUUUCUAAGAACAUGGUUCGCCAGAGGCUCCUAUCCUCACACGGUCACCUGACGGGGAAGCUGGGAGCUGGGGUACACCUGUCGGGGCACCCCCAGGUCCUGUCCCACUACCAGUAUGAGGGUGGGGUGCCCCUGGGGAACUCAGACCACCAGGAACACAUCUCCAAUUCCUUCCCUUCCAGCCGAGAGCCCAGCCUGCUCUACCACUGCUUUAAACACAGAGAUAACACCAGGCACUUGGAACUGGGUUGUAAACGGCCGUAUCUGGACACGGCUCCUCCAGCAGUCUCGGAGGAACACUACUUCCGUUCUCCUCCCUCCUAUGAGCCGCCACUGUUGUCCCACCCCUACUGCGGUGAGGCCAUAAGCUCCAGGGAGGCCUGUAUGUACGGAGGGAUGGAGGGAGAGAACGGCCAAGGGGCUGUGGGGGCUGACGACCUGGUUCCCCCCUCUCUGAACUGCAACGUGUGGGCGUCGGUGCAGCCUUACCCCCGGUACAGUGUGCAGACAGUGGAGGCUGUCCCCUACCAGCCCUUCACUGCUCACUUCACCAGUACUGCCACCGCCACCUCCGUGGUGCCCCACCACACCCCCUCUGGUCCCUCACGCCCCCAGCCCGACAUAGGAGUCUACAGUCCAGCCACGGCACAGCGUGGCCUGGCCGUCAUCCCCUCGUCAUCCUCCGCCUCGUCUUCUUCUCCACCGGUUCCUGGUUCCAGGGAUAGUAGGCCGCUGGUCUAUCCUCCUCUGUACCACAGGAAGCCUGGGCCUGGGUCUCCUCUCCUGCCUCACAGGGAGUUCUCGGCCUUCCCAACACAGAGUGCCCCCUCAUCCAUCCGGGACCCGUCCUACCAGUACCAGAUGGGGCAGAGCAGUGUAGGGGCCCACUGGAAUGAUAGCUAGGGCUAUGGGGUGCUGUGUGGCUCCUGAGGCAGCAGCGAUGUCCACCCACCCGUUCGGUCCAGAAUCAACCAGACUCCCCCUAGCCAGCCAGCCAACUUUGAACUGCCUGUGAGGCAUCUGAAGUGAGAUUAUGUUGAAAUACAGCCAUGAUGACCUUUCCAAGUUGCACAGUGGAAGCUAUAGUAGUUUAGCAUGAAGAGAAGCAAAUCAGAGUGGCCAAACUCCAAUAGAAGCCUACAUCUGCCCAAAAGCUCUGCACCUUCAGACCCAUGUUAUCCUGACUGGAGGAGCAUCAGGACUGUGAUGAUGAUGAUGAGUAUUCCAGAGGAAGAACCCCUCCUAUAGCGUGCCAUAUAAUGGCUUUAAAAAAUGAUCAAUGUCAAACAGUGUCAAAAGGAGAUGUGUUCAGCAAAGUGAAGAGUAUCCAUUAUGCCUUUGAUGUGUUUGAAGUAGUGUGUUUAGGAUUAAGAUGGACACGUAUGUACCAGUAAUGAAUUGAUUAAACUUUCUAAGAAAAACAUUUAAAUGCAAAACUUUAUCAUAUUAUUAUCAGCAAACGACGCAGUGGGACAUGGAUGUGUAUGUGCGAAGAGAUUGAAGUAACAGUCCAAAUGUUUUGUUGAGACCUUGAGUAAAGCCUUCAUUUAAUUUGCCUUCUCUGCUUGUGUUGAGAAACUUUGCCAGUUAGAAAUCUGUUGAACUUUUAAACAUGGGCUGCAGGUCAACUACACAACAAGCCCACACAUGCAGUCCAUUUGAGCAGAGCUCAAGUGUUUGUAGGUCUAGAUCUCACCUUCAGCCAUAAGCCUCUGCUAGCUAUGUUGUAAGCUAGCGUGACACCACUUAGCAUGAAGCCAAACAUCCGCUAGGCUAACAGCCCUUAGUUAGCGUUAGCCCAUGUCUUUGAACCACAAUAGGGUAGUAAACGCUUAGCACUUUGGCUACAAACCCGAGGUCCGUUCCAAAGCAGCGUUCCCGCCUGUUGAAGUGGGACUUCGGAGAAGGUCCCUGGCCAACCAGAUGGGAGCUUAAGGAAUCGCUGUUAAGUCAACGCUAGUGUAGAACACAGAGCUCCGCACAAAUCCCAGCCCCAAAUGACUGAGUUGGAAAAAUCCUUACAAGACUGCAAAUGUAAAACAGCCCGAGCGGGGCGGGCGAGGCGCCACAUUGUGAAGUCAAGCUGAGCUGAACUGAAGCAGGGACGACCGUGUAACAUUCGGCAAGGCCUGGCCUGUCUGACCUUGACAAGUAGGAAUGGAUAAUAAUAGAACAAUAUGGUGGUCUAUUACCUAGCAGACCCACGUUAUCCCUUAAUUUCUUUUUGAUAUUCAAUAUAACUUCUUUUUUUUGCACACCUGAUGAAAUAAAUAUUUGUAUGCCUCCCA